AGCCCACGUAGCGACGUCACUUCCGGGCGCCAGCACGCUAUCUUGGCGCCGGGUUCAAACCCAGGAGCUGUGUCCUGGAAACCGAAGAAGCUGGACCGGCAGUGGUGCGUCCUUCCAGUCCCAGCCUCCUGAGCUCCUGUGCUGCUCCGAGCAUCUGGGAAGCAGAGAAGGCGGGGACCUGAGCGCGGAGAUGGCGUUGUCGUCCACGAUCUCCCAGAGGAAGCACAUAAAGCGCCGCGCUCCCCGCGGCUUCCUCAGGCGCGUCUUCAAGCGCCAGAAGCCCCACCUUCGUCUGGAGAAGCACGGCGACGUCCUGGUUCAUUUGAACUUUUUACUGUUUGUUCAUCGGUUAGCAGAGGAGGCCAGGAUAAAUGCUUGUGAGAAUAAGUGUGGAAUCAUUAAGAAGGAUCACAUAUUGGCUGCAGCAAAGGUAAUUCUAAAGAAGAGCAGAGGUUAGAAGUCGAAGAACAUGUUCGUGAAAAUUAUAUGAUGGCUUAUUUUAUUUGGUAGCAUGUUAUAAAAGUACUUUUUAUGUGUUAAUUUGUAUCGUGGAUUAUUAAAGUGUCAGCUGGAUGAGAAAUGUG